CCCCCCGUUAAGGUGCGCGCGUGGCUGGGGCUGGUCUUCCGCCUGGUGAGGGGCUACUUCCGGGUCGGACGGCGCUAGGUGCAGCCGCCGAGUGUGGUAGUGCUUGGCUGGCCGGGCUGCGGCCCGCGCGCGGCCGGCGAUGCAGGGGGGCAACUCUGGGGUCCGCAAGCGCGAAGAGGAGGGCGACGGGGAGGGGGCUGUGGCUGCGCCGCCGGCCAUCGACUUUCCCGCCGAGAGCUUGGACCCCAAAUAUGACGAAUCUGAUGUUCCAGCAGAACUCCAGGUGUUAAAAGAACCCCUACAACAGCCAACCUUCCCUUUUGCAGUUGCAAACCAACUCUUGCUUGUUUCUUUGCUGGAGCACUUGAGCCAUGUGCAUGAACCAAACCCACUUCGUUCAAGACAGGUGUUUAAGUUACUUUGCCAGACCUUUAUCAAAAUGGGACUGCUGUCUUCUUUCACUUGUAGUGACGAGUUUAGCUCAUUGAGACUACAUCACAACAGAGCUAUUACUCACCUAAUGAGGUCCGCUAAAGAGAGAGUUCGUCAGGAUCCCCGUGAGGAUAUUUCUCAUGUUCAGAAAAUCAGAUCAAGGGAAGUAGCCUUUGAAGCACAGACUUCACGUUACUUAAAUGAAUUUGAAGAAGUUGCCAUCUUAGGAAAAGGUGGAUAUGGAAGAGUGUACAAGGUCAGGAAUAAAUUAGAUGGUCAGUAUUAUGCAAUAAAAAAGAUCCUGAUUAAGGGUGCAACUAAAACAGAUUGCAUGAAGGUCCUACGGGAAGUGAAGGUGCUGGCAGGUCUUCAGCACCCCAAUAUCGUUGGCUAUCACACUGCAUGGAUAGAACAUGUUCACGUGAUUCAGCCACGAGGUAAGCCGUUUUUGAUGACGGUGGUAGUUGAAGCAUUGGCAAACUUCAGCCCGUGGACUAAAUCUGGCCUGCCCUUGUGUUUGUACAUACUACAAGCAGACAGAGCUGCCAUUGAGUUGCCAACUCUGGAAGUACUCUCCGACCAGGAAGAGGACAGAGAACAAUAUGAUGUUAAAAAUGAUGAAAGUAGCAGCUCAUCCAUUGUCUUUGCUGAGCCCACCCCAGAAAAAGGAAAACGCUUUGGAGAAUCUGACACUGAAAAUCAGAAUAACAAGUCGGUGAAGUAUACCACCAGUUUAGUCAUAAGAGACUCUGGUGAACUUGAGUCAACCCUGGAGCUCCAGGAAAAUGACUCGGCUGGUUUGUCUACCGGUUCAAUUGUGGAACAGCAGCUGCCACUCAGGCGUAAUUCCCACCUAGAGGAUAGUUUCACAUCCACCGAAGAAUCUUCCGAAGAAAAUGUCAACUUUUUGGGUCAGACAGAGGCCCAGUACCACCUGAUGCUGCACAUCCAGAUGCAGCUGUGUGAGCUCUCGCUGUGGGACUGGAUAGCCGAGAGAAACAAGCGCAGCCGGGAGUGUGUGGACGAGUCUGCCUGUCCUUACGUUAUGGCCAAUGUUGCAACAAAAAUUUUUCAAGAAUUGGUAGAAGGUGUGUUUUACAUACAUAACAUGGGAAUUGUGCAUCGAGAUCUGAAGCCAAGAAAUAUUUUUCUUCAUGGCCCUGAUCAGCAAGUAAAAAUAGGAGACUUUGGUCUGGCCUGCACAGACAUCCUACAGAAGAACACAGACUGGACCAAUAGAAACGGCAAGAGAAUACCAACACAUACGUCCAGAGUGGGUACUUGUCUGUACGCUUCACCUGAACAGUUGGAAGGAUCUGAGUAUGAUGCCAAGUCAGAUAUGUACAGCUUGGGUGUGAUCCUGCUAGAGCUCUUUCAGCCAUUUGGAACAGAAAUGGAGCGAGCAGAAGUUCUAACAGGUUUAAGAACUGGUCAGUUGCCGGAAUCCCUCAGUAAAAGGUGUCCAGUGCAAGCCAAGUAUAUCCAGCACUUAACGAGAAGGAACUCAUCGCAGAGACCAUCUGCUACUCAGCUGCUGCAGAGCGAACUUUUCCAAACUUCUGGAAAUGUUAACCUCACUCUACAGAUGAAGAUAAUAGAGCAAGAAAAAGAAAUUGCAGAACUAAAGAAGCAGCUAAACCUCCUUUCUCAAGACAAAGGGGUGAGGGAUGACGGAAAGGAUGGGGGUGUAUCUGUCUAACCUUCCUCAGGCUGUAUCUGUAGGAUGUAAGUGGACUUAACUUUUAAGGUAGUUAACUGGAAUGUAAAUUUUUAAUCUUCAUUAGGGUAUAGUUGGUAUAAUUCUUAGCUGUAUUUAGUAAGCCUUUAGAAGACUUAUUAAAGAUGUCAGAGUGCCCCAAGCUGGUGCUCCUUCCUUUCCUGCCUCACAAGCUCCGUUUCCUGAAUUUCCUACCUAAAUAUCACCAUAUGCCCAGUCUCUGAAACAAAAAUCUUGGACCUCAUCCUCAAUUAUUUUCUCCUUUCAACUCUGUUGACCCUCUGUCUGGUCUUUAUCUAGAAGGUUCUACCGCAGAAAUUGACGUGUGCCCCUGUCACUGCCCAAGCUCAGGCCUGCACAUACAUACUCACUGGACUGUUCCAGUUUUGACAGCUGCCAGUCUUCCUACCCCUUUCGCACUGCAGCCGAAGUUCAUUACCUGAAAGACGCCUGAUCAUUUCAUUCCUUGGCUCCAAACCUUCUGCUGCCUCUAAGAUAAAAGCUCAACUUCUUAACAGUG